GGGGCAAACCAUGAUGCUAAGCCCUACCUCAGUACCUCCAGGUCCAGUGUCUAUGCCUUCACAAGUGAGUGCAGGCAUGGAGGCACAGCAGACUCAAAGCCCCUUCCUUGGAAUACAAGCUAACCCUGUUGAGGGAGUCAGAGAAAGUCAGGGAAUGACGACAGCAGAGCAGCGACAGAUGCCUCAGCCUCAAUCUGUGCCACAGCCUUUGAGGGAGUUAUCAGCUCCCAGAAUGGCAAAUCCUCGUUUCUCCACACCUCAGCAGCCUAAACCUGAUGUGGAACUCCAGGUCGUCGCAGUUGAUAGGCAGCCAUCCCACGCAGCACCUUCGCAGGACUCUGAGGUCUCACCUACUCUAAGGACAGCUCCAACCUCCCUCAACCAGUUACUGGAUAACACGGGUAACCCAAACGUGCCUCUUCGGCCCCUACAGAAUAAUACUGUUAGGGAUGUUAUGGGGAAGGGUAGCCCAAAGGCAGCAUUGGAUCCAGAGAGACCACUUUAUAGUAACUCUCAGAAUACAGAUAUGUCAGCGUCUGCCACUACUACUGCCACUAUAAACGAAUCAGAGGCUAAAACCAAACCUGCUGUUCCAGUCCCUACCAGCAGUCCUAAUUUGCAGCCUGCUUCAAUUCCUAGCUCGCACUCUAGCACCAUUGUGAACACCAGUACCACCCCCAGUCUCAACCAAAACCCCAUCUCCACUCUUGCCGUCAAUCCCAGUCCAAGUGUAAAUCCAGUAUCUACCCUCUGCCCUCCCCUCAGUACUAACACUAAUGUCACCACAAGUGUAAGCCCCAACCCAGUCACUUCUAGUCAAAGCAGCCCUGCCUUGACUAUCAGUACCAGUUCUAACUCCAGCACUGUUGUAAACUCAGCUAGUUCGGCUAUAAAACCAAGCCCUAGUCCUAAACCUGUGACCAGUGUUCAUUCAGUCAUACAGAUCCCUGCCUCUUCUAGCACCAUUUCCCCUAACCAGAUCACAGUUUUUGUCACUUCUAACCCCAUCACUUCUGCCCCUACUUCCCAAGCACCCACCAUGGUAGCUGUCCCCAACAAAAACAUUAGACCACAGGACAUCCGGCAGCAGGCCCCUGGCCCUAGACCUCCGCAGUUUAUCACCACCACUCCUGUGUUUAUCAACCCCAUUUUCCAGGUCCCAGGUGCCUCUGUGGCUCCCAAUAGCACAGUGGUAUCACAAUCAGUCACCAUGGUGGGGCCUAUCCAGGUAUCCACUACAAAUAUUCAACUAUCUCCUGCCCCAACCUCCACCCAGUCCUCAGGAGCUAACAUGACAAGCACUCAGCCUUCCAGAAGUGCAGUUGGACAGGUCCAGAUUGCCACUAGUAUGUCCUCAUCACCACCAGUUAGUACCCUUACAGCUGCUCAGCAGAUUAACCCAGGGGCUCUCAAAACAGAUCAUCUUGGUGAGGCAGGUUCUGCUCAGAAAACUAGUCCUCUGGUCCAGCAGCCAUCUCCGCAUCCAAGCCCUUCAGCACCGUCACCCUUUCAGCCACCUCUGGCUUCCCCUCCUCCCUGCUCAAGUCCCGGGGCUGUUAAUACCAUACGAAAGAGCCCCAUGUCUUCACCUCCCUCCGCCCAGGUGAAAAGUAAACCUGCACAGGCUGCAGCAGCUGUUACCGGGACAGCUGACUCCCAGCACAGUCCUCUAGAAAGACCUGCACAGGGACCCACUGGGGCUGUGCCACCACAAGUUUUUCUUCCUCCCGCUAGCCCUGCCAUUCAGAUUGAAGCACUAGCUCCCCAUACUACUGCUGUUGCUGUUCCAAAAAACAUUACUCUGUCUGUAGUCUCCUCACCAAUCCCAGUGCCCGGCCAAGUUGCUGUUCCUACUCAGAUUGUUACCCAGGCUCCAGUGCCUGCGCCAGCUUCGGUCUCAAGCCUAGCUCAGGCUGUAACUUCUCAAGCUCCUAUUGUCACUGUAGUAGGUCCAACCACAGGCGUCUCUUCUGCUGCCUUGCACUCUACGGUUGCUCCCAUACAAAAUCCUGUACCGUCCAUUGUUCCAAUUGUUACUGGACCUGCACCUGUUCAGGAGGUUCCACCCACCACAUCCUCUGCCGUUGCUAACCCCAGCAGUGCUCCACCAGUUCAGUCUGACCCCCCACCUAUGGAGCCUCCCGUGCCACCAGCUGCAGCCCCUGCUGAAACCACUCAGACAACCCUAGCACCUAUUCAACAAGAAGCCCCACAGUCGCAGGAAUCUGUUGCCAGUGAGAAGACAGGUGAAGAGGCCUCUACUGGUUCUGAGCAGGGAUGGGCAAAGAAAAGAAAGACGCCCAUCAACUUAGUCCCAAGAGCUGCUGCUGCUGCUGCUGCCGCCGCCGCCGCUGCUGCCGCUGCCGCCACCGCUGCUGCAGAGAAGCCCAAGGGACCGAGCAGACGCAGCUCCCGGGCAGAGAAGGAGGUGGAGGAGGAGCCAGUUGCAGAUAGUGGCAUCAGGAAGAGAUCAGCGAGACCUGGAACUAGUGCUGCUGUAAAAGAAACUGGAGCAAGCCCCACCCAGGCCAAACGAAGGAAGUCUAAAUAGCCUGUGAACUGUACUGUAAAUGUUUUUUGUUUCCUGCUGUGAAUCAGUCGAUAGAUCGGUUUCUCCGUCCCGGAUCACGCAUUUUCACUGGAGGAAGAAACCAUGUACAGAUUAUUUUAAAAAGAAUCAUGUUAUUUUUUUUUUUGUUUUUUUUUGUCCAUGCUAUUAUGUGAGAUUGUUAGUUAGAAUGUGUGUGCAUACAAGUAUGUGUUUGUGUGAAUGUGCUUUUUAUAUUAAAUGCUGGAAUUAAUCAUGUGAAGACUGAUAAUGGAGCUUGUCAUGAUUGUAUAAUUAUGUUGUAAAACUGAAUUAAAUUUUCUACUGCUUUCUGUUCUGUGA